CUGAACUCUGACUGCCAAAUGAACGUAAAUAAACCGUAUCGUGUCUACUAUGCUUUCUAAUUUUGUGAACUAACAUGGUAUUCGCAUCUAUUGUAGAGUACGUCACGUGACCUCCAUAGAGGGCCUGCUGAGUGUUUUCAGUACAGGGAGAGAGAGGAAGAAAAAUGGCGACUGUAGGCGACCCGGAGCGGGACGCCGGCCAUUCGGUUUGAGCAUUUUCCCGUUAAUUUAGACCGGGGAUUUACGGGACUCCUGCAGACUAAUCAAAGCAAGUUAGACGUUUGAAAGCUACCUGUUUUGUCUCCAUUGCGUGUGCUGGAAGCGUGCGAAAACUGAAAAUAGAAAUAAUACAUUAUCUAAGCUAGCUUGCUAUAAUGAGAGGGAGAAGAGGCAGGCCGCCCAAACAGGCACUGAUGGGGGAGCCAUCCCCCGCGCCAGUCCGCGGUUUGAGACCCAGGCGGGGAAUGCGUGGAAGAGGUCGAGGAACACCAGAUAUAGAAGGAAUGCCUCCAAAAAGAGGAAAUUAUCAUUCUUCGAGGGGCCGAAGAAAAUUUGGAGCUACAUCGCGGGGUAGAGGAAGAGGCAGAGGCUCGAGAGGUGGCCGCGGAGGUAGAGGGAGACGGCCAGCCAGCAAGAUUGUGUACGAUGACCAUGAGAGUGAUGAGGAGGAUGCCGUGAGUUUAAGAUCGGACGAUGAUGAGUAUUUGCGGGGAAACCCUCUGUCGGACGACGAAAGGGCCUUUGAUGAUGGCUCCGAUUAUCAGGAGGAAAUACCAGACGAAGAUGAUGCUAGUUACUGCACGGAGAGCAGUUUUAGGAGUCAUAGUACAUACGGCAGCACUCCAGGUAGGAGGAGGCCGCGUGCUCGCCGGCCCCGAUCACCCAUCUUCGAGGAGAAGGAGAUCCCGCAGUUGGAGCUCCCUAAGUCGUCGGACGACCUGCUGAUCCCCCCCGAGCAGAUGCUGAACGUGGCCGCGGUCUACGAGGUGCUGCGCAACUUCAGCACGGUGCUGCGCCUGUCGCCGUUCCGCUUCGAGGACUUCAGCGCGGCGCUGGCGGGCCAGGAGCAGUGCACGCUGAUCGCCGAGACGCACAUCGCGCUGCUCAAGGCAAUCCUGCGCGAGGAGGACUCGUCCAACACCACGUUCGGCCCCGCCGACCUCAAGGACAGCGUCAACUCCACGCUCUACUUCAUCGACGGCAUGACGUGGCCCGAGGUGGUGCGCGCCUACUGCGAGAGCGACCCCGAGUACCAGCACGUGCUGCCUGUGCAGGAGGGCGAGGAGUACCCCUUCGAGCCGCUCGAGUCCAAGGUCAAGGUGCUCCAGUUCCUGGUGGACCAGUUCCUGACCACCAACCUGGCGCGCGAGGAGCUCAUGUCCGAGGGCGUGGUGACGUACGACGACCACUGCCGCGUGUGCCACAAGCUGGGCGACCUGCUCUGCUGCGAGACCUGCUCGGCCGUCUACCACCUGGAGUGCGUCAAGCCGCCGCUGGUGGAGGUGCCUGAGGACGAGUGGCAGUGCGAGGUGUGCGUGGCGCACCAGGUGCCUGGCGUCGGUGACAGCGUCACCGAGGCGCAGAAGAGCCGGCCCUACAUCCGCCAGGAGCCCAUCGGUUACGACCGACACCGCAGGAAGUACUGGUUCCUCAACCGCCGUGUAGUUGUCGAGGAGGACGGCGAGCACGAGAACAAGUCCAUCUGGUAUUACAGCACGCGGGUGCAGCUGGCCGAGCUGAUGGAGACCCUGGACAAGAGCUACUGGGAGAGCGAGCUGUACGCCGCGCUGGAGGAGAUGCACCCCGAGAUCCAGUCGCACAUGGACAUCACGGAGGACCUGACCAACAAGGCCCGCACCAACAACAAGGCUUACCUCACCGCUGCCAACGAGGAGAUUCUGGACCGACUCAAGGCCCGCCAGCAGGAGGAGGAGAAGCGACGGAACGCUUUGGAGGAAGAGAGGAACAAGAAGGACGAAAAGCCUGAGCAGUCCCCCGAGUCGCUAAAAGGCGAGGAGUCUACCUCAGGACCCACAGGCACUGAGGAGGCCACCCCAGGAGACAAGGCUGCGGAGUCCAAGCCUGCGUCUCAGCCAGGCGAGGGGGGGUCUCCGGCCAGCAGCCAGCCCCCCCACACGGCUGACGAGAACAGCAACAGCAGCCAGUUCUCCAUCUCCGGAGGCCCCAGGAGCCAGGAGGAGUGUGACGCGGCCGACAAGUCCGGCCAGGACGCCACAGCAGCAGACGGGAAGGAGAAGGCGAACGGCGAGGCGGGUGGACCAGUGAAGGGCCCCCCAACGCGCAUGGUGACGCGCCUGAGGAACCCCGAAAGCAAGCUGAGCCAGCUGAAGAGCCAGCAGGCGGCCGCGGCCGACCACGACACCAAGAAGGGCUACAAGGAGAUCCUGCUAGCGACCCCCGGCGGUGACCUCGCCCGGGUGAGCACGCGUGGCGGCAGCGCGGCGUCGGGCCGAGAGCUGGUGUCCAAGGGCGCCCUGAGCCACUUCUUCAAGCUGGGCCAGGAGGGCAAGUACCGCGUCUACCACAACCAGUACAGCGGCAACACGCUGGCCCUCAACAAGCACCAGCACCGCGAGGACCACGACAAGCGCCGCCACCUGGCGCACAAGUUCUGCAUGACGCCCGCCGGCGACUUCAAGUGGAACGGCUCAGUGCACGGCUCCAAGGCGCUGACCGUGUCCACGCUGCGGCUGACCAUCAUCCAGCUGGAGAACAACAUCCCCGCGCCCUUCCUGCACCCCAACUGGGCCUCCCACAGGUACGGGGCAGUCGGGGACAAGAGGUCGAACUGGUGCAAGGCCGUGCAGAUGUGCAGUAAGGCGCGGGAGUUCGCCCUGGCGCUGGCCAUCCUGGAGUGCGCCAUCAAACCGGUGGCCAUGCUGCCCAUAUGGAAGGACUCCCUGGGACACACCAGGUUACACCGCAUGACCUCCUUGGAGCGUGAGGAGAAGGAGAAGGUCAAGAAGAGGGAGAAGAAGCUGGAGGAUGAAGAGACCAUGCAGCAGGCCACCUGGGUCAAGUACACCUUCCCCAUCAAACACCAGGUUUGGAAGCAAAAGGGGGAGGAGUACAGGGUGACCGGGUACGGAGGGUGGAGCUGGAUCAGCAAGACGCACGUUCACCGUUUCGUCCCACGUUUACCCGGCAACACCAACGUCAACUACCGGAAAGACCUGGAAGCUGCCAAGAGUGGCAGUGCCACCAGCGCAGCUUCAGACGCUGACGUGAAGAAGAGCUCGGUGGACUCGAGCGCCACUUCAGAAACCCCCGUCCCCACCGACAGCACAGAGGAGCCCGAGAAAGACCCCGAGUCCUCCUCGGACAGGGCAAAGGGCAGCGAUGCCGAGGACAAGAUGGAGACCGACGAGGAAUCUCACAAAGGGAAGUCCGAGAGUGCCAGCCCGUCACCGCAGCCUUCCGAGGCCGACUCCCUGAAGCAGGAGGAGACCGUGGAGGAGGGCGAGGAGGUCAGCGGGACCAAGACCGCCCUCCACGAGCAGCAGCAGCAGCAGCGGCCGUUCAACUACGACGUGGUGAACGUGAGCCAGGGCUUCCUGCUGCGCACAGCCUACAAGAAGAAGGUGAAGACGUCCAAGCUGGACGGCUUCCUGGAGCGCCGCGUCAAGCAGCACCUGGUGGAGGAGCGGCAGCGGCAGGACCGCCGGAAGCAGCAGGCCAGCCUCACCCCCAAGGCCGAGCCGCCCGCGACCUCUACCCCAACACCAGCGCAAACCCCAACCCCAGCGCCCCAGCUCCCAGCACUCCAAAUAAAGACUGAGGUGAGGCCGGCCACGAUGGAGCCGGUGGUCAAGACGGACCCAGUGAGAACGGGAGGAGUAGUAGAGGCCUCUGGUACGACUGGGAACGAGGCCGCGGACGCUAGCGCCAGCAGUAAGCUGCAGACCCAAACACACAGCCAGGGAAACUUCAGAGACGGAGAUAACUACCACCGAGAUCAUCAAGCGAAGAGACGUCGGUCCUUACGGCAUUCGGUCAGAAUACUGCAUCAGGAAAAUCAUCUGUCCAAUCGGCGUCCCAGAAACACCCAAAGAGACCCCGACGCCCCAGAGGAAGGGCCUCCGCUCCAGCGCCCUGCGACCCAAGAAGCCAGAGCCCACCAAGCAGACGGGACCCAUCGUCAUAGAGACAUGGGUCGCCGAGGAGGAGCUGGACCUGUGGGAGAUCCGAGCCUUCGCAGAGAGGGUGGAGAAGGAGAAGGCCCAGGCGGCGGACCAGGCAAAGGUUAGUGCACGGAGGAAGGCUUUGGAGCUCAAGGCCCGAAUGGAGGUGCGGGUAAACCUGGAAAGAGUCGAUGUCGAGCAGAAGCGUCUGGAGCUCCAGAAGAGUGGCGCCACCGUCGGCAACACCAUCACCACCUCCGGCAGCCCCUCCACCCCCACCACCACCAAGGUCAUGGUGGGCUCCCUCACCAGCCAGGUCACCCCGGGCACCAAGGUGGUUCUGGCCACCAAGAUGGGCACUCCUGUGACAUUCCAACAGAACAAGAACUUCCAGCAGACCUUCGCCACCUGGGUCAAGCAGGGCCAGACCGGCCAGCAACCAGCAUCAGCCAGCACAGUCACCACGGUGGCUACUACAUCUGGGCAGACGUUCCAGAUCACCGGCACGCCGGUUACCAUGGCUGGCAAAGUCAUCACUGCCAAGCUGCCGCUGCCCGCCAAUAGCAAGAUCGUCACCUUAAAUGUGCCAACCACUCAAGGAGGCGUGAUCCAGCAGAAAGUCCUGGGAAUCAUUCCAUCUAGCACCGCCGGCAACCAGCAAACCUUCACGUCAUUCCAGCCGCGGACCACCACCAUCAACAUCCAGCCCAACACGCCAGGCUCACCAGGGCAGCAGCAGCUGAUCACCACCACCACCGGGGGACAGAUCCGCUCAGGCAUGACUGUGAUCCGCACGCCCAUCCAGCAGGGCAGCACUCUGGGCAAGACCAUCCUGCGCACGCCUCUGGUCGUGCAACAAGGCCAGACACAGCAGGUGAUCAUCCACGGGCAGCCUGUCUCCACGGCCCUCUCGGGGGCCAGUCCCGUGGCCACCACCACGGGGCAGCGGGUGGCAGGUGCCUCCCCUGGGCAGCCGGUGGCCCCCCAGACCCCUCCAGGCCAGCGCGCCCAGCAGGGGCAGGUCAAGCUCACCCUGGCCCAGCUCACGCAGCUCACCCAAGGGGCUCAGCAAAAGCAGCAGGGAGCAGCAGUAGAGAGGCCGCAGCAGGGCUCUGGGACCCAGCCUGCUCAGGGCCUGACGGUGGUGGUGCAGGGCCAGGGCCAGACCACGGGGCAGCUGCAGGUCAUCCCGCAGGGCGUGACGGUGAUCCCGCGGCCCGGUCAGCAGCUCAUGCAGGCGGCGCUGCCCAACGGCCAGGUGCAGCGCUUCCUCUUCACCCCCAUUCCUGCCACGUCGGCCGCCACCGGCACCCCCGCCACGCCAGGUCAAGGUCAGCAGCAGCUCGCCGUGCCCGCCCAGCCCCAUCUCCAGCCGGCCGCCCAGUCCUCCCCUGCCCAGGCGGCCGCACCCAUCCAGGCGGGCGCCCUGACGCCGCGCACCCCGCCCACCACCCCCCAGGCCCAGAUCCCGCCGCACCCGCAGGCCCAGAUGCCCAUCCAGUCGCCCACGCCGCUGCAGCUCAAGGCCGUGGUGGGCCAGCCGCCCGGCACCGCCGUCCUCAAGCAGCAGCCGCCACAAGGGGGCGCCGCGGGGCACACCAACCCCCAGCAGGUGCGGGCGCCCCUCCAGCUGCACGCCCAGCAGCUCAUCACCGUCCCAGGGCUCCAGAUCCAGCUGCAGGCCCAGCAGGGCGGCCUGUCCGGCGGUCAGCAGAUCAAGCUGCAGCUGCCCAUCCAGCUCCAGCAGCAGCAGCAGCCCCUCACCACCACCACCGCCGCCGGACAGGGCGCCCAGGCGACAGGGCAGGUGCAGGGGCAGGUGGCGGCGGGCGGUCAGCAGAUCCAGAACGUGGUGACCAUCCAGACGGCCAGCGUGCAGGAGCAGCUGCGGCGCAUCCAGCAGCUGCGAGAGCAGCAGCAGCAGAAGAAGCGGCAGACGCAGGAGGCUAGACGGGAGCAGCAGCAGCAGGCCAGCAGCCAGAGCCAGAGCCAGCUCAUCCAGAAACAGGUGGUGAUGAAGCAGAACGCGGUCAUCGAGCACCUGAAGCAGAAGAAGACCAUGUCCCCGGCCGAGCGGGAGGAGAACCAGAGGAUGAUCGUGUGCAAUCAGGUGAUGAAGUACAUCCUGGACAAGAUCGACAAGGCCGAGCGACAGGCGGCCAAGAAGCGCAAGCGCGAGGAGUCGGUGGAGCAGAAGCGGAGCAAGCAGAACGCCUCGCGCCUCUCGGCCCUGCUCUACAAGCACAAGGAGCAGCUCAAGGCCGAGAUCCUCAAGAAGAGAGCCCUGCUGGACAAGGAGCUGCAGCUGGAGGUGCAGGAGGAGCUGAAGAGGGACCUGGGCAAGCUGCGGCGGGAGAAGGAACGGGCCCAGGCCGCCGCCGCCUCUCAGGCCGCCGCCGCUGCCGCGUCUGCGGUUUCCCACGCCAGUCCGGUGGGCCCGGCCUCCGCCCUGACCGCCACCGGACACAAACGCAAGCGGGAGGAGGAGCGCGACGUCACCUCGGUCAAGGCCAAGAAGAAGAAGAUGAUCUCCACUACCUCAAAGGCCACCACCAAGGACUCCAAGCUGUACUGUGUCUGCAAGACGCCCUACGACGAGUCCAAGUUCUACAUCGGCUGUGACCUGUGCACAAACUGGUACCAUGGCGAGUGUGUGGGCGUCACAGAGAAGGAGGCCCUGAAGAUGGACGACUACAUCUGCGCCGAGUGCAAGCGGGCCCAGGAGGGCAGCACGGAGGAGCUCUACUGCAUCUGUCGCACGCCCUAUGACGAAGCCCAGUUCUACAUCGGCUGUGACCGCUGCCAGAACUGGUACCACGGCCGCUGCGUGGGCAUCCUGCAGAGCGAGGCCACGCACAUCGACGUGUACGUGUGCCCGCAGUGCCAGUCCACGGAGGACGCCAUGACCGUGCUCACGCCGCUCACCGACAAGGACUACGAGGGCCUGCGGCGGAUCCUGCGCUCCCUACAGGCACACAAAAUGGCGUGGCCCUUCCUGGAGCCGGUGGAUCCCAACGAUGCUCCAGAUUACUACGGCGUCAUAAAGGAGCCCAUGGACCUCUCCACAAUGGAGGAAAGGUUGCAGAAGCGCUUCUACGUCAAGCUCACAGAGUUUGUGGCGGACAUGACCAAAAUCUUCGACAACUGCCGCUACUACAACCCCAGCGACUCGCCCUUCUAUCAGUGUGCCGAGGUCCUGGAGAACUUCUUUGUGCAGAAACUCAAAGCGUUCAAAGCAAGCAGGUCUCAUAACAACAAGCUACAGUCAACAGCUUCUUAGAGUACACCAUCAAUAAGCUUUCUAAGAGAAAAUGAAAAUCUAAAAAUGAAAACAAGAAUGUGGUCUGACAAGUCAAACCCAAUGGUGAAUCCAGGUUGUCUCCAUCUACUCCCCCCCUCUCUCACUCACUCACAUGCACACACACACACACUUACAGCAACUAGAAGCCUUUUUUCUGUUACACACAUGCACACAGAGAUGGAAAGUUCCUCCCUCGGAAGUUCCCCGUCUGAGUUUUGGGUGGGCAGCAGCGGUGUUGCGAGGAGAGAGGACCACGGUUCCGAUCCGUCACCGGGUGGGUGACCACGGUGGCACCUGCACGUUCCACUCCAGUGGAAAAGGGAGAUCUGUCUGUUUUUUUUUUUGUUUGUUUGUUUUGUUUUGUUUUUUCCAACUGGGCCACUGCUGUUUUUGUUUUCUUUUUCCCCCGCUCUCUCUCUCUCUCUGUCUGUCUCUCUGUCUCUGUCCCUGUCCCUCCCUAUCUCUGACUGUUGCUCUGUCUCUUCCAGCAUUCCUGUUGUUUUCCACCCCCUCUGACAGCUAAAGACUCUGAUCUCCUGAAGCUGAUGAAGCUUCGCCCCCGUUGGGGCCUAAGGACCUGGCCUGUACUGUUCAUUUGUGAAGCCGCGCCGCCCAGCAGACUUUCUGACUGCUGUUUUAUUGUUGUUUUUUUUUUUAGUUUUGUUUGUUUGUUUGUUUUUAUUAAACCUUUAUAGUGGCUGUACUACUUCAUCUGUACAAUCACAAACCAGACUGCAGCUCAUUUCUCCUUCGACAUCCAGCGUCAAUGUCACGGAGUAGAAAAACUUUUUUAAACGAUUAUUUUUUGGGACUUCUUCAAUGACGGUCAGCCACAGAGCGGUUUGUUUUUGAGAACGAAUCCUGAUGUUCUGUUUCCAGUGAGGCAUGUUCAUAUUGCCCAACAGUAGCCUACAGAGAACGACCGAAGACCAACAACCCCUCAUGUAUCUCAACCCUGUCCUGUUUAUUAAGAAAAGUCAACAAUGACCAUUUUUAGUUUUUAUUUUUCUUUCUUUGUUUUGCCGCUAAAAACGGACAUGUUGAUAUAGCAGGAGUCGGG